GGAGGGAGGAGCGGGAAGAGCAGGAGCAGGAGCAGGAGGAGCGUCCGGUCCUUCCCGGCCCCCUCCGGCCCGGGUGGGCGCCAUGUACCCCAAGGAGUCCACCUGGAACAUCUCCUUCGCCGGCUGCGGCUUCCUGGGCGUCUAUCACAUCGGCGUGGCCAGCUGCCUCCAGGAGCGCGCCCCUUUCCUGGUGGCCAACGCCCGGCACAUCUACGGGGCCUCGGCCGGGGCGCUCACCGCCACCGCGCUCGUCACCGGAGCCUGCCUGGGCGAUGCCGGAGCCAACAUCAUCGAGGUGUCCAAAGAGGCCCGGAAGCGUUUCCUCGGCCCCCUGCACCCGUCCUUCAACCUGGUGAAGAUCAUCCGCCUUUGCCUGAGCAAGACCCUGCCGGACAACGGGCACGAGCUGGCCGCCGGCCGGCUGGGCAUCUCCCUCACCCGCGUGUCCGACGGCGAGAACGUCAUCCUCUCCGAGUUCAACUCCAAGGAGGAGCUCAUCCAGGCCAACGUGUGCAGCACGUUUAUUCCGGUGUACUGCGGCCUGAUCCCGCCAACCCUGCAGGGCGUGCGCUACGUGGACGGCGGCAUCUCGGACAACCUGCCUCUGUACGAGCUGAAGAACACCAUCACGGUGUCCCCGUUCUCGGGGGAGAGCGACAUCUGCCCCCAGGACAGCUCCACCAACAUCCACGAGCUCCGCGUCACCAACACCAGCAUCCAGUUCAACCUCCGCAACCUCUACCGCCUGUCCAAGGCCCUGUUCCCGCCCGAGCCCAUGGUGCUGCGGGAGAUGUGCAAGCAGGGCUAUCGGGACGGACUGCGCUUUCUGAGGAGAAACGGCCUCCUGCACCGGCCCAGCCCCCUGCCCCCGCUGGGCCCGGAGAAGCCCCCCGAGGGUCCGGAGCCCGAGGACGCCGAGGCGCAGGCCGACGAGAGGCAGAUGGAAGAGAACGGCACCAUGGCGGCCGUGGACGAUCACAUCCUCGAGCACCUGCCCGCCCGGCUCAACGAAGCCCUGCUGGAAGCCUGCGUGGAAAGGAAGGACCUGCUGACCACCAUCUCCAACAUGCUGCCCAUCCGCCUGGCCACCGCCAUGAUGACGCCCUACACGCUGCCCCUCGAGUCCGCCGUCUCCUUCACCAUCCGGCUCCUGGAGUGGCUGCCCGACGUGCCCGAGGACAUCCGCUGGAUGAAGGAGCAGACGGGCAGCAUCUGCCAGUACCUGGUGAUGAGAGCCAAGAAGAAGCUGGGCGGCCACCUCUCGGCCAGGCUGGCGGACCGGGCGGAGCUGCGGCGGACGCGGAGCCUGCCGGCCGUGCCCCUGACCUGCGCCGGCUACGGGGACGCCCUGCCCGCCUGGCUGCGCAACAACCUGUCGCUGGCGGAGGUGGUCAACAAGUGGGAGGACUACCAGCGCCAGCUCCUGCUCGGCCUCUUCUGCGUCAACGUCGACCUGCAGGCCCCCCUCUUCCCGCCCGACGCCCUGCGCAUGAAGCCCGCCCUGCCCGCCGCCGACCCCGCCCCGGCCUCCCCGCGCCCCUGA